ACUAGACGAAAUUCUUAUAGAGGCUAUGUUAUUCCUCUUGUUUCUACACCUGGUCCUGGCACCAGGCGUGGUAUACAGCACGUACUAUCUCUCCUUUCCAAACCGAAUCACACCUGGAAUGGACCUAGAUCUCCAUGCUUUGAUCACAAAUACGGCCCAGCCAGUAGAUAUGGUCGCAGUUCUGAUGGACAAUUCGUUGAAAGAGUAUACACACACGAGUAGAAGACUUCAAGCUGGUUAUCCGGAGCAGUUAGCCAUGCAGGUUCCAACAGAUCUCCCUAAAGGUCAAUACAGAAUGAAAGUGACAGGAACCGGCGGCCUAACUUUCCAAAACGAGUCGCGGUUGAUAUAUGAUGACAGCCUGUUGGUGUACAUUCAGACAGAUAAGUCACGUUACUCGGCAGGACAGCAAGGUCGUGUUAUUAAGUUUUCAUUCUUGUUCCCUUUUCAGACAAUUAUUAUAGAUAAGAUUUGUACAUAUUAGGCUAUAUUAAGUCCAAAUAGAAUGUAAAAUCCCUAUCUGCGAUGUGUCAGUACAGGCGCGGCAUUUUAUUUAGGUCACAACAUUUCAGAAAAUCAGACAUCUGAUAUUGAUUAAGAGUUCAUAGAAUGUAUUUAGUUGAACUUAAAGAGGCUUAAUUGUUUAUUCCUUCAUUCAAUAUAGAUCCAAAACACAUGACAACACAGUAUAUAUUACAAUUAUUAACAUAUGUAAGGUUUUAAUUGUAGUGAAAUACCGUGCAGUAUUUCUGUUGCCGAAUGCAAAAGGAUACACUGGUUCAGCAACUAUUUCAAUAUACGAUGGUGGAAAUAACCGAAUCAAAGUUGUUGGUCCAUUGAACAUUCCAAAUGGAGUGCUUGAGGAGAGGCUAACAUUGAGCAACAGUCCAGCGUUCGGUGACUGGAAAAUUGAAGUUAAAAUGAUGGACAAGACCAUCUCCAAAGGGUUUACGGUCGAUGACUAUGUCCUUCCGAAGUUCAACGUGGAACUUAUACUUCCGGAAAAGAUUUACACAACAAACACAUCCAUAUCAGUCCAAGUGACGUCAAAGUUUACCUUCAAUACCGACGUGUAUGGAUCGUGUAAACUGCAAAUAUAUGACGAAAACAAUUUACAACACUUCUAUGAACAAAUAAGAGAGAUAAUAGGAAACACAUCAUUCACAAUACCCAUGUCGGAUAUUCGAUCUCAAAGUUUAAUGUAUGGAAGUAUCAAAAUCCGUGCACUUGUCACCGAUAAUGCAACAGCGCUAACAAUGGCGACGGAAAAAGACCUGCCAAUUGUUUCUCCUAUAACGACAACCACUACAACUACAACAACAACUACAAGAUUGAACAGAUUCUCCAUCGCGAAGGAUUCGUACCAGGAGUCAAUUAUUCUACGAUUGUUCGUUUUACAAUCAAUGCCGACUCGCCAGGGACGGUUGGACAAAUGCGAGUAAAUGCCACACUGUAUAAUGCAGCCCGGAAGCAAUGUAGUACGUGGUUCUAUGUUGAAUCUUCCCAAUCGGACAUAUCUUUCACGACACAACAUACAG